CGUAGUAAACUCUAUAAUUAAAUUAAAAAAUGAUAGUAUUAUUUUCUUACAUGAGUUGAUUUAAGUAAGAAUAUAUAUUCGUUGAAUUGGUCAAAAGUUGCGUCCUUUUAAAAAGAGAAAAAGAAUAUCUCUUUCCUUUACAAAACUCAUUAUAUCUGCUGUGAUUGAAACUAUUUACGUCAGGAAGGAGAAGAGAUAAUGUCUCAGACUGUGGUUCUAAAGGUGGCUAUGCCAUGUGAGGGAUGUGUGGGAGCUGUGAAAAGAGUCCUAGGCAAAAUGCAAGGUGUGGAGUCAUUUGAUGUGGAUCUCAAAGAGCAGAAGGUAACUGUGAAAGGCAACGUGGAGCCAGAAGCUGUCCUGCAGACAGUCUCAAAGACUGGAAAGAAAACCAGUUUCUGGGGUGCCGACGAGGCUGAGACCGCCAAGGCCUAAACUGAAAGAAGCAAUAAAGCAUCUCUGUUAUAUCAGAGAUUCCUACCCCAAAAAAAUCUAAAAAAUAAUCAUAUGUAAUGGAAACUUAAUAAAUAUAUAAUCUUUGAAGGACUCUUAUGUUUUAAAAGAAGAAAUGUUUGAUCUAGUAAUCAUCAUCUCAUGUCGUCUCAAAGCUAUCUUAUGUUAUCUUAAUCUU